GUCACACAGUCGCGGCGAAUUUAGAAAUGAUAAACGAUGUCUGUAUUUGUGUUGUGUGGGUGUGGAUUUAUUUCACGGAAUAAAAAUUAAUAAAGCUAUGUAAUUUGUUAUCAAAAUGUGCUCUAAUAACUGUGUUAAUGUUGUUGAGUUAGAUUAUGUUGUGCUAAAGUUAAAUGGCAGCGACAUUACAUCAUUGUCUAGUUAUGAGGCGGUUCAAAUGUUCCUUCAAGCUAAAGAAACCCUAGUAGUUGAAUUAUGCCGAAAGCGAAAUCCCGUCACCUCCGGAGACCUGCAGAAGGACGAUAUUUGUUCAAGAGUAAAAAAUGUUCAAGUAUCUAAUGCAAAAGCAACCAGUGCCUCAGAAAAUAUUAAUUUCAAUUCAUUGCCGAUGCCACCUCUAUCAUCAGUGUCAGCUGAAAAUCAAAUUAUUUUAACUUUACGAACAUUUCAAAACAGCGAUCAAACCGAACCAGUAUCGAAGGAGAAAAAAACGAAUGACAAGUUUGUUGCAUUCAAUAAAACUAACAAAAAAUUCAAUCAUAACGAAAAUAUUGCGCAAACAAUUGCCGAUCAUUUUAUUGAGCAAGAGCAUCAUCUGUUUGAGCAGUGUUUGGAGCCAGAGAUAGACAUCGAGGAGGUAACACUCGUGAAAAAUGAUUCAACUAACGAUGAAAUUGGACUCACUGUGUCCUGCAAUAACUUCUACAGUAUCAGGGACUGCGAAGAGAAUAUUAUUAAUCCUGUGAUAUGCAACAAGAAUGCAGACUUAAUAAGAGAUGACGCGGACGCUAAUACUGACGCUGAUGUCGAUGCUGACGCUGAUGCCUGUGAUGACGUUUUCAUAAGUGAUAUACAGCCAGAGAGCUUGGCUGAGCGCGACGGUCGACUCCGUCGUGGCGAUCAAAUUCUCCGCAUUAAUGGCAUAGACAUCAAGAGUAAAAAACAUGCCGAAACGCAAAUAGCUGAAAAUACUUCGUCUGUUACAUUGCUUGUCAGUCGAGUUCUAUAUCCCGAUGACGACGAUGAUAUCGAUGAGGAUGAUGAAGAAAUCGACAGUAACUUUGAUUAUGCCAACAGCAUUCUAUCUGAUGAAUAUACAAAUGUCGUGGACAAAUUGGAUAAACUACUCGUAACGCAGCAACGGCAAACAAGCGAUAACAAUUUAACAGCAGAAUCUGCGGCAAAACCUAUUAAAUCUAUUUUACCAGCAACUUUCAGUGGAUCGCAAACGAUGUCCGAAAAGUCGAAAAACAAAGGACAAACUCAAACUAGUGUCACAGAAAAGUUGUACAUUGGCAAUGUGCAAGGAAUGAGCCAAGAAACGGGCUUUAAACCAAUCAUAGACAAAAGCCUGCGAACAACAAUAAUUAGUAAAGAAUAUGAUUAUGAUGAUUGCGAGCAUAUUUACGAAACAAUUCCCGAGGAUUCUGAAUCAGAACCCCUCUAUUGCUCACCAUAUCAAAGCUCGAACUAUAUGACUGCAAUGGGAUCUUGCUCGUCAAGAAUGAUGGCAGAAUCGGAUGUUUUAGAAAUGCAACAGCAAACGCAACGUGUAGCCCAAUGGUUAGGGAUUAAAUCUCAGCUUAAUGCAAGAUCCGUUCAUACGAUGGCUGGCCGUCCAAGCUUAUAUCAUAAGCAACAACAUCGAAUAUCGAAUAGAGUUUAUACGCUACGCAGUGCUAUAACAAACACCAGUGAAUCAAGCAGCAGUGGAGCUAACUGUAGUGCAACUAAUGGUGACAACGAGAAUAAAUGUAUAAACCAACAGCAGGAAGAGGUAGAAAAUUCUUCAAGUGCCUAUAAUACGGGUGGCUCCAAUAACAGUGCUUCGCCUCACCAAAAUGCCAUAAAUUUAGAGAUCGAACCAAUUUCACUUUCAGCGGCAACUGCAAAUACAACUCCUAACAACCCUAUAACCUCGUUUCAACCCGUUUUGCUACCAUUUAUAAAAUCUGGCCGUAUAGUCUGUUCCCAACACAAUUCCGAAACUGUUGCACUAAAUAAAGCAUCAGCCGACGAGCUGCAUCCUUUCGCAUCAACAACUGCUAAAAUAGACGCUAAAACAAUGCGACCCAAACCAAACGAGGAACAGCAAAGCCCAUGCCCGCAAUUUAACGCUCCCAACUUGAGUCGCUAUCAUUUUGUUAGCAGUCAAGAGGUCGCAAAUAAAACUCUUACCACACCAAAGACAAGCUCUAUUUUAGGAGAAAAUGUCUCGGAGGAAAUUCCAAUGGUGUGGAAAGUAAAGCGGCGUCCAGAUGGAACCAGAUAUAUAGUUAAACGUCCAGUACGUAAUAUGAGCAUGGGUAUACGUAAAAAUAUACGUAACAACGAAAUAACAACAACUGAGGAUGAUACAAUAUCAGAGGUUAAGAUCGGACGUUACUGGACUAAGGAAGAAAGGAAACGACAUAUAGAACGUGCACGCGAACGUCGACAUCAUCAGCAAUUGCUCCAUCAACAGCAACAACAACAAUUUCCCACACAAUGAAGUAUAAAGUGAUUAAUUUUAAUGAUUUUCCAGCCUGGAAACAUCACAUUCAAUUUGAUGCGUAUGCGUAUAUGUAUCCAAGAUUACGGGUUUCAAAAGCAUCGCAAAUAAAAGUUAUAUCUAUAUUAUCGAAUUUCAAUAUGGAUACGAUAUAAAAUGUAUUAUAAACUUAAAAAGCUCAUUGAAAUAAAACCAAAAAACGAAAAUGAUCUUAAA